AUGAAACAUAACAAAUAAUAGAGUCACUAUGUUCUGGACUUCUCAGAUAUCGAAGACAUCUCAGAUAAUGAAUCAGAGAGUUCUAAACAGUCGAAUCACCAAUAAUAAAUUAAUUAAUCAACUCCUACUCCUAAUCGAAUAGAAUUAUAGAUUCCCAAUUUACAAGUGAAAAAAGAGACUGUCGAAAUUCCAUCCAUCUUGAUCCAAGAGGAGGAAGAACCCGUAAUAAGAAGAAAGUAGGAUAUCCAAAAACAACAAUGGUAGGUCAACUUUGAUGAAUUAUCAGAACAGGAUUUGGAAGAGAGUGACAAAUCACAAGUUGCUAUAGAGAUACCGAGAGAUCCUAGUCCACCAACUAUAGUAGUUGAAGAACCCUAAUAUAUUGAAUAAUAUUUUGAAGAUCAAAAUGUUAUUGAAGAGAUAGAUAUGGAAUAGGAGUAAUUGAAAUUGGAAUAGAGGAAAGAAUAAUUGAAAUAAGAUUUGAUAACUAGAAAGUAAUAAUAAUAAAAAAAGAUUACAAAGGUUUAAAAGGAAUAAUGGAGAGUGGAGGAGGUAAUAGAUCAAUCAAAAAAUAGAAAUGUUGAGGAUAAAACAAAGUAAAAGUAUAAAUAGAAAUUUUAUAAUCCCAAAAAUUCAUUGAUAUAUUUGAGAUUAAAGGGUAGGGAAGAUUUGUAUAAAAAAUAAGAGUUAAUUAUUGAUGAUUAGACCAAACCUAUUGAAUAAGAUGAAUAUUUAGAAGGUCUAGAGUGCAUCAAUAGUUUAUUAAUUGGAUUAUCAAAAAUAAAAGACAAGAAGGUUGGUGCUGUUGAAAAAUAGAAAACAUUACCAUUAUAAAUCCAAAGACAUCGUUUAGAUUAAAAAGGUGAACAUCACAAAGAAUCUUAACCACAGAAGAAAGAUGAAAAGGAGAAAGAUUCAGAAUAGUAAAAGAAAAGUUAAAAGGGAGUGCAAAAGGAAGAAAAAUUAACAGAAUAAGCUAUGAAAUAGUAAUAACUACAAGAGGCACAAUAAGCUAGAUAGAUUAGACAUGAAAAGUAAUAGCAAGAGAAAGAGAAGUAAAAACUAUUAGAAUAACGCCAAGUUUAUAAAAUCUUAACAAAAAAAUAAAUAAAUUAAGGCUUAAUUCUAUAUAGAUGUCAAUUAAGAUAAAAGUAAAAGGACUCUAUUAAAUGGCUAAGAUACUCGGAGAUAGCUCUAAUAAGCAAAGGGGAAAGUGAGAUCUUCAACUUUGAAAAGAGAUUAUCAGAUCAAUUGUUUAUGUAAUAGCAUAAGACCAAUAUGAGAUCAGUGGUAAUAACCAAAUAAGCAAUGUUUGAUAUAGUCACUAUUCCUUAUGUUAAUGAAUAAAAGGAUGCUAAUGAAAUUUUACAAAAAGAUAUUUUAAAAUAAGUUAAUAAUGAAAUCGAAAACCCAAAACCUCCAAUUAAUUAGGAUAAAAAGGGGAAGGAAAAGAAAAUUAUUAAAAAUAAGGAUAGAAAGAAGAAAGAUUAAGAUAAUUAAAUGAAUGUUGAUUUGGAGAAAUAACAGUCGUAAAAAUAGGAGAAAUAAUAAUAGUUAUAUUAAAUAGAAUAAUAAGAUAUAAUAGAAUAACAGGACUUUUAAUAAAAAGAUUUAGGACAUUAAUAAGAGGCAAAAAGAACCAAAAAUAAAGUUAGUUAUUAAGAGAGAGAUGAGGAAAAGAAGGAUGAGGAUCUUUUAGAUGCUGAUUCUAUCUAAAUAUUCAAAAUUACAUAAGAGAGAUAAAAAAGGAUAGAUAAAAAGGAUAGGGAGUUGAAAUCUUAAUAAACUAAUUAAUAACAGAUUGAGGAGUCAAAAUAAAUUGAAUCAAAUGAACUUGAUUAAAAGACUAAUAAUAAUAAUAAUUAAGAAAUCAAAGAUCAUAAGAAACUUAAGAAUCCAAAAAUAAAGGAGUGUCCACUGAGUAGAUUGGAAACUAAUGAUGAGAUUAAGAAGAAACAAUAAAUUAAUUAAAAAAGAAAAGAAAAACGAAGAUAGGAAUAUCAGUAAUAUUUGAAUGAAAUAGAGAAAGAACAUUAAAAUUAACUUGCUCUCUCUAAAUAAAAAAAAGCUUUGAAGGAUAGUUGCAAUUAAGAAACUAUUAAGAAUAGUAAAGUAAAUGCUAAUAAAAGUCAUAAAAAAAUUAAUAAUUAGGAAAUUGAAAAUAUGGAUGAUUAAAUUAAUGUAAAGAAGACUAAACCUCCAAGAAGAAUAGUAAAAUUAAAUAUUAGAGAAAAUAAAUCACCAUCUUCUAAAUAAUCUCCAAUGAGGAAAUCAAUUGAACCUGCAUAUGUUUCAUCUAAACGUAUAUAUGAGAACAGAGAUUAAAAGCAAAAAAGGCUUAGAGUUAUUGAAGAUGAGGAAUCAGAAUUUUGUGAACAGAAUGCUAAACAAAAUGAAAAAAAAGAGAAGAAAAAAAGGGUGAGAUAAAAAUGA